CCGCGUGUAGACCCGAUGGACCCUGGCGAGGCGGCCAUCUUGGAGUCUUCCCGAAGGAGCUGCAACCUUCUCUUCGCGCUGGCCGCGGCGGCCUUGCUGGGCAGAAUGAAUGUGAUAGACCACUUGCGAGACAUGGCGGCAGCGGGGCUGCACUCCAACGUGCGGCUCCUCAGCAGCUUGUUACUUACAAUGAGUAAUAACAACCCUGAGUUAUUCUCCCCAUCUCAGAAGUACCAGCUUUUGGUGUAUCAUGCAGAUUCUCUCUUUCACGAUAAGGAAUAUCGGAAUGCUGUGAGUAAGUAUACUAUGGCUUUACAGCAGAAGAAAGCCUUAAGUAAAACUUCAAAAGUGAGACCUUCAACUGGAAAUUCUGCAUCCACUCCACAAAGUCAGUGUCUUCCAUCUGAAAUUGAAGUAAAGUACAAAAUGGCUGAAUGUUAUACAAUGCUAAAACAAGAUAAAGAUGCCAUUGCUAUUCUUGAUGGGAUCCCUUCAAGACAAAGAACUCCCAAAAUAAACAUGAUGCUGGCAAACCUGUACAAGAAGGCUGGUCAGGAGCGACCUUCAGUCACCAGCUAUAAGGAAGUGCUGAGGCAGUGCCCAUUAGCCCUUGAUGCCAUUCUAGGUUUGCUGUCCCUUUCUGUAAAAGGUGCAGAGGUGGCAUCAAUGACGAUGAACGUGAUCCAGACCUUGCCUAACUUAGAUUGGCUUUCUGUGUGGAUCAAAGCGUAUGCUUUUGUGCACGUUGGUGACAACUCGAGAGCAAUCAAUACCAUCUGUUCACUAGAGAAAAAGUCCUUAUUGAGAGAUAACGUGGACCUACUGGGAAGCUUGGCAGAUCUGUACUUCAGAGCUGGAGACAAUAAAAACUCUGUCCUCAAGUUUGAACAGGCACAGAUGUUGGAUCCUUAUCUGAUAAAAGGAAUGGAUGUAUAUGGCUACCUCCUGGCACGAGAAGGGCGGCUGGAGGAUGUGGAGAACCUUGGCUGCCGCCUUUUCAAUAUUUCUGAUCAACAUGCGGAACCCUGGGUGGUCUCUGGGUGUCAUAGCUUCUAUAGCAAACGCUACUCCCGAGCCCUCUAUUUAGGAGCCAAGGCCAUUCAGCUGAACAGUAAUAGUGUUCAAGCUUUGCUACUUAAGGGAGCAGCACUCAGAAACAUGGGCAGAGUCCAAGAAGCAAUAAUCCACUUUCGGGAAGCUAUACGUCUUGCACCUUGUCGCUUAGAUUGUUAUGAAGGUCUCAUCGAAUGUUACUUAGCCUCCAACAGUAUUCGUGAAGCAAUGGUAAUGGCUAACAAUGUUUACAAAACUCUAGGAGCAAAUGCACAGACCCUUACCCUUUUAGCCACCGUUUGUCUUGAAGACCCAGUGACACAGGAGAAAGCCAAAACUUUAUUAGAUAAAGCCCUGACUCAAAGGCCGGACUACAUUAAGGCUGUGGUGAAAAAAGCGGAACUGCUUAGCAGAGAACAGAAAUAUGAAGAUGGAAUUGCUUUGCUGCGGAACGCACUAGCUAAUCAGAGUGACUGUGUCCUGCAUCGGAUCCUAGGAGAUUUCCUUGUAGCUGUCAAUGAGUAUCAGGAAGCAAUGGACCAGUAUAGUAUAGCACUAAGUUUGGACCCCAAUGACCAGAAGUCUCUAGAGGGGAUGCAGAAGAUGGAGAAGGAGGAGAGUCCCACGGAUGCCACUCAGGAGGAGGAUGUGGACGACAUGGAAGGGAGUGGGGAAGAAGGGGACCUGGAGGGCAGCGACAGUGAGGCGGCCCAGUGGGCUGACCAGGAGCAGUGGUUCGGCAUGCAGUGAGGCAGGCACAGCUCCGUGGCCACACUGGCCUGCCCCGCUCUGAGCACUUCCAUGGACUGAAGGAACCUGUAGGAGCCCGCUCUCUGGGAGGACAAUGAUUCAGCAUGUGAUUGCAGCAGGGGUCUCUGCCCCUUGCUCCGUAUUUCUAGUAGUGACUUCAUUUUUAAAAACUGAGCCUGACCAACCUUCCAUAUAUCUCCAUCCUCCUCUGCUCCAGUCAGGGAGGACCAAGUGAGCACUCAGAGGCCCGUGGAUGUGUCGGGGCUUCUGGGACAGAGUGCUUUUUAUAGAACUAACUUCUAAAUCUGAAAGCUCGAGGAAUAGAAAGUCUUUUGUCUGUGAUGUUGUGGAUGGGUUUAAAGGAGCGACCUGUUCCCCAGAGCAAGAGUGUCAUCUCCCAGCAGCAGCAUGGACUGGCCCUUUCAGAGAGGGUUUCCUGUCCCAGAAAUCAUUAUCCUGGGUUGUCCAAACUUCCCUAGUAACCUUGCUUCUUUCUGCAAUGUUAGUAAUGCCUUAAGCUGACAGUUGCUGUUUUGCAGAACAGUUUUCCUAUUUGCUAAUCUGGUAACUUGCCUAUGAGCCUGGGCCGAAUCUGAGAAACAAGUGUGACCUAGAGCAUGAACAGAGGCACAGUUGGGGUAAUUAAUAAAACUGUUUUUUGUACAGUAA